AUGGAAUCACUACCUGACGACGUUCUGUGUCACAUUCUGUCGUUCCUUCCGACGAGGGAUGCUGUUGCUACUAGCCUUCUGUCAAAGAGAUGGAAACCACUCUGGCUCUCCUUCCGUUCCUUCGACCUUGAUGACAACUACUUUUCCGACUUCCACAGGUUUUCCAAUUUCGUCACCUCAUCACCACAAUCCAUUCAAUCCUUACGCCUCACUUGUGGCUCCCAUUUUACCUUCGAGUUCGAGGACGUCGAAGAAGAUGCUUUCGACCUCUUCCUUUAUAGACUGUCGUUCAAAGGAAUUCAGGAACUCGAUCUCUGCUUGGUCACUUUAAUCGAAUUGCCUUUUGGCUUCUACACUUGCAAUAAUCUUGUCACACUUAAGCUAGACAAUGUUACUUUCAAAGAUGGCUCUUCCUAUAUCAAUUUUCCAUUACUCAAAUCCCUUAAUUUGAACGACGUCGUCUUUGGAAAUCGUGCUAACAUGUUUGACUUUUUUUGCGGAUGUCCCAAUGUUGAAGAUGUAGAAGUGACAUCACUAUCAAUAGUUAAUAGUCGCAUUCCUCAGCCACCAGAAGAGGGGGUUGAAGCCUUACCAAAGUUGGUCAGAGCAAAAAUUUCAGAAUUACAUAGCAUGUUACCUUUGCUUUGUAAUGCACAGUUUUUGUAUGCUGGAGUGGUAUAUCAAAUGCUUCUCUAA